AGUAAAAGAAGUGGAAAACAAGUGUUGCAGAACAAUGAGAAGGAGGGAAAGAAGGAGCGAGCAAUGGUGGACAGAGUGUUUAUUGCAAGAAUAUGUCGAAUCCUGAAAAUAAUGGUCCCUAGAACACUUUGUAAAGAGACAGGUUAUUUGCUGCUUAUUGCUGUGAUGCUAGUAGUUCGUACAUAUUGUGAUAUUUGGAUGAUUCAAAAUGGAACAGUCAUUGAAAGUGCUAUCAUUGGCCGCAGCAGAAAAGAUUUCAAGAAAUACUUGUUCAACUUCAUUGCCGCAAUGCCUGCUAUUUCUUUAGUGAAUAACUUCCUGAAGUAUGGUCUAAAUGAGUUGAAACUUUGCUUCCGAGUAAGACUUACCAGAUACCUCUAUGAGGAAUAUCUUAAAGCUUAUACAUACUACAAAAUGGGAAAUCUGGACAACAGAAUAGCUAAUCCAGAUCAACUCCUUACACAGGAUGUGGAAAAAUUCUGUAACAGUGUAGUGGACCUGUACUCAAACCUUAGCAAGCCCUUCUUGGAUAUAGUUUUGUAUAUCUUCAAGCUAACAAGUGCAAUAGGAGCUCAG